CUCAGCCAUACUGUGGUCUACCACACAGCACUCUCACAUGGAAAAACUCCUGAUUACGUCCGCUACAUUUUAGAGCAACUCUGUGUAACAUUUCAUUGUAUCCCAAACUGCUGUUCCUCACUCCACAGCUUUUUCUUCAGCCCACUGCUCUGCCUGCCAUAAGCUAAAUGUAAGUGGAAUAUUACCGAAGUCUUUACGCAAACACCAGUAAAGAUCAACACUGUUACCAUAUUUAGGACUUCCUCAACCCCGGGAGCCAUUCGUCGAAGAUCUCGUUAGUGUAAUGUCACCAGCUGUCCUGCUCGGUAUCAAGAAAAUGUUUUUUCUCACAAUUCUGCUAUUUUGCUACCUUCAAAUGUCUCAGCAGAUUCAGAAAACUACUGCAAAUGGCAAAGAGAUGCUGUCCAAUCCCAGGCUCGUGUCUGUUCAGAGGACUUUGAAUGUAGUGAUGAACCAGAACGUGAGCCUCUCCUGCCACUCAGACUCUGGAUUUCCACCUGUCAAAUACACAUUGUUUAAACACAAUCAGAAGGUAUCCACUUUAAAUAGGCCAGACUUGACACCCGCUUUGUUUAACUUGACUAUCGACUCUGCCGGUGAUGUGGGUGAAUACAAAUGCAAAGCUGAGAAUAUAAUGUCCAGUGGCGGAAAAUACAGCAACAGUCUCAACUUCACCCUUAUAGAGCCGAUUUCCAAACCUGUGCUGAGUUCACCCACCUCUCAAGCAAAGAAAGGCCAAAAUGUGACCCUGUCUUGCCUCUCGGAGAACGGCUCUCUUCCUAUCACAUACAUCUUCUUCAAAGGAAAACGAAACAUCUCUCCUCCAGUAAGGACGCACAAGAGGGAAGCAGCUGUGAUUUUUCUAUAUAUCAGUUCCUCUAGUGACUUUGGAACCUAUAAAUGCAGAGCUGAAAAUAGCUUUCACAAUAGUACAAAAUACAGCAACAGUUUCAACUUUACAUUAGCAGAAGAAAGAAACUAUUCUCAACCUCUGAUCAUUUCUCUUGGACUGAUCUUGCUACUAUUCGUAAUAGGAUUUGCUCUGGCAAUUCCAUUUUUCAUAAUUCCCUCAUAUAAAGCAAAAAAAAUUAAGUCUACUAGGACCUCAACUGGCCUUACUUCACCAGCGAAUGCAGAAGACUCUGAAAACUAUGUAAUAUACACAGAGAUUGGUAAGUUCAUGUUACUCCCCGUGCAGUCACAAAACUUACUUGUGGGAGUAACUCGGUUGAAGAAUGCUAUUAUACUGUUUGUAGUGAGGAUGGGCAAAUUUCUUCAGGUACUGCAAAGGCAGUGGAAGAGGACACCUACUACCACUCAGUAAGCAAUAAUAGUCCCACUGACCGUGCCUGGUAGAGGCAUUAUUUGAAGUUCCUCAGGAUCCAUAUUUGGCACUACCUGUCAACCACGCAACCAAAACUAUAAUUAGGUAAAUGAACCGAAAUUCUACACAGAAAUCUACUGUAAGCAGAAGUAAAAUGAAGAAUUGCAUUUGGCAACUCAUAGUGAAGACUAAAAUAGCCAUUACAGAGAAAAAGAAAAUUAAAGGCAGUAAGUAGAUCAGAGAUGCAAUUCCCAUUUACCAAGAGACAAAAGUGGGCCAUAUGCAAGUUGUAGCAAAAUAAAACUUACAUAGCUCCUGUGUUGUGUUCAAAAUUGUUCAGUACACAACAGUUCUUUAUUCCAUGUUUCUCAACAAGACUGUCAGUUCAAACCAAAAUUAUGAAAUAAUGCUCGAUGACAAAUCAACUGACCUAUGCUAAAACAUUGUACUAGUUCAGUUGCAGAAAAUACACCAGUAAUGAAGACAUUACAUGAAAGCCACAAUGCCAUUAACUUGUGGUUUUCUACACCUGCCUUAUACAUGAACAUCAAUA